AUGGAAGACUACGACGAUAUGGGGUACGGUAUCCCUAACCGCACUCCAUCCUCGCGCUCGAACAGUCGGCCUCCGCAUCGCCCACGUUGCCAGGCGCCACAGGAGUCUGUCAAGCAGUUCUGGGAGCAGUUUAAUACUAAAUACCCCGGCAAGGUGUAUACCGUGCUGCCGGAUAACCCGUAUGCUCGCACGCGGGCCAAGCGCGUGCCCAAUGGCGUGGUCCAGGGCCACGAGGCUGUCAAAUCUUAUGAACAAGCCAAGCAGGAAUGUCAGAAGUCCGUGGAGCGCAUUGUCAAGCAAUGUGAGCGAGUAAAUCAGAAGUACACCGAUCCCCACUUUGACAUUGAGCUGGAUCUCAAGUCAGGUCGGAGGCACUGUUUGGAUGGCCUUGACAAAGUCAAUGAGGAGAUGAGGCCGCGUGGUGUGAAGCGAGUCACUGAAAUCUUUGAAAACCCACAAUUCUUCGUCAAUGGACCGACAGCGUCGGAUGUGCGUCAGGGUUGUGAUGGUGAUUGCUGGCUCAUGGCCGCCUUGUGUACGAUGGGGAAUAAAAGUGGUCUGAUUGAGAAGAUGUGUGUUGCUCGGAAUGAGACGAUCGGCAUUUAUGGCUUUGUGUUCUAUCGCGAUGGCGAAUGGCAGCAAUAUAUCGUCGAUGACAAGCUUUAUUUGCGCGCGGCAGAUUACGACGAGUCAGUUGAUGAGCGUCAAACCUGGGACGACAUCAACCGCACCGACAGCGAAGAGGAGUAUCGUCGGGUGUGGCAAACGGGUUCGCGGGCCCUCUACUUUGCACAGUGUGUAGACCCAAAUGAAACCUGGCUUCCUCUGCUGGAGAAGGCAUUCGCCAAAGCCCACGGUGACUAUUCGGCCAUUGAGGGUGGCUUCGUUGGAGAGGCCAUUGAGGACCUGACUGGAGGCGUCACAUCCGAAGUGCUAUCCAGUAACAUCCUUAACAAAGACCGUUUCUGGACGGAGGAACUGAUGAAAGUCAAUGAGGAGUUCUUGUUCGGUUGUGGCACAGGACUCUUUUCGAACUGGCUGGAUCCUUCAUACAAGGGACCUCCUCGAGACCGAAAGGGAAUCUCGGAGAAUCACUCAUACUCCAUCAUGGAGGCCCGUGAGAUCCAGGGACAUCGCCUGCUUCGAUUGAGAAACCCCUGGGGCAAGAAGGAGUGGCACGGUGCAUGGGGUGAUGGCUCCGAGCAGUGGACGGCAGAGUGGAUGGAGCUUCUCGGCCAUAAGUUUGGCAACGACGGCUUCUUCUGGAUCUGCUACGCAGACCUGUUGCGGAAAUACCAGCAUUUCGAUCGGACUCGUCUCUUCGGCCCCGAGUGGAUCAUAACACAACAAUGGACGACCUUAAGUGUGCCCUGGUCUGCCGACUAUCAUAGCACCAAGUUCAUCAUGAAUGUGACCCAGGCUGGUCCUGUGGUCAUCGUGCUAUCCCAGCUUGAUACUCGGUACUUCAAGGGCCUGGCAGGCGAAUAUAGCUUCGUCCUCAAGUUCCGUGUCCAGAAAGAAGGUGAAGAAGACUACAUCGUGCGCAGCCAUAGCAGCCACUUAAUGGGUCGAUCAGUGAAUGCCGAGAUCAGCCUUGAACCGGGACGCUAUCAUGUGCUUAUGAAAAUCACUGCCUUCCGGGACGAAGAGGUCGAGUCGACGGAAGAGAUUGUUCGCCGUCUUGCCUCGAGUAGGCGGGAGAAACUCGUCCAGGUCGGACUCUCGUACGAUCUUGCGCAUGCCAAGGGCUUAGUGGCCGAGACUGACCAAGAACGAUAUGAGAAUGAGAAAAGAAAGGCUGCUGAACGCAGGAAGAUCCGUGAUGAGACAAAGAGGAGGUUGCAAAAGGAAUGGAUCCGGAAUCGCAAGAUGGAUGCGCGGCAACAACGACAGGAAGCCCACCGUCCUGGUCAGGGUCCUCACGGCGCCGAGCGUACUUCAAUUCCUCAGCAGAUCUUGACCGACCGACCAACAGAGUCACCCACUGACACCGCGAGUAUCUCCAGCGAUGGUAGUGAACGACGCCCGACUACCAACGGGUCAGUCCCAACGAUCCAGUUUAACGGUCUGCAUGCACGACACGCCAGUGGAUCUAGAAGGCAGCGAACCGAGUCUCCGCGCCCGAGCCUCAACACUCGUCUCGCCAAUGAGACCCUGGACAACAGUGAUCUUGAGUGGCUGGAAGGAUUCGAGUUCGACAGCGACCUCGAUAUGCCGACCGACGAGGCAGACCACAAACAGCCACGAAAAUUUCCCGAGUUGGAAGGACCUGCUGAUGAUCCUUGGAAUGCGGUCUGCGUGGUUGGGCUGCGAGUCUACUCCAAAGAUCCCAAGCUCAGCUUGGAGGUGGCACAUCCUGUUUCCGAGAAUGAAAUGGAGGCUCCUUUGGAUCGGGAUGAUCCUGCCGUGUCGGCAACUAUUGAGAAGACGUUUGGGGGUUUUUACAUUUAA